ACCAGGGAAGAGUGGGGUCUAGCGCAGUGGCUGGUCCAAAAUCUGGGACAAACAUGGACUGAUGAAUUUCUAAAACUACCUAUAACAAAAAACCGCACGAAGGUAUCGUUUCACAACAAUCAUUCAUUCUUGCAAAGAGUAGACGAGCUUCCCCAUGGUCCAGGGUGGAGCUGUCAAAAGGUCAAUGUCCAUGGGAAUCGUGAGGAUGAGGAUGGAGAGCUAUUGCAAGAAGAAGUUGAGCUGUGGAGUCGAGAUCCUGUUGAAUGUGUUAAGGAGCUCAUUGGAAACACUGGUUUCAAGGUGGACAUGGCAUACUCACCUGCCAGAGCAUAUGCUGACCAUAGAGGGCAACAUAGAGUUAUUGACGAGAUGUGGACAGCAGACUGGUGGGGCAAGAAACAGGUAAGAUUGAUCUAG